GCUGAACGGGCACUAAUGAUGUCUUUAUAGUGCACUGAUUGCUCUUGAAUUCAUCUGUUUCUUCCUCUUACUUUCCUCUGUUUACCGAAGCCCGCUUCAGUAUCAGGAUCUGAUCACGCGCGACUGAAGUGUUUGGAGCUCUGCCCAACAGCUCUUUUCCACCGCCAUUUCUUUGUGCGUGUCAACGGUCUCCAGCUUCUGUCAGCUCAGAAUCCAACACCAACCACCCAACAUCACACGAACAUUCUCACUUGCUCUAAUCCAUCAUCAUUACUACGACUAUGAUGGAAUUUCAUCAUCCACACUCACAACUGCCGCCGCGACCGGACUCGUCGAUAUUUGUUCGGCCGCCUCCUCGCACACCAGCGAAUCCUCCUGUUCUUCCUCCCAGCGGUUCAUAUAGCCUCCCUCCCCCCUCUCCUGCUCUUCCUGCUCAGUCGACUGCCUAUGCGCCUUACGGAUAUCGUGAAUCUCGUCCGGUGAUCUACGAACCUACACAACCAUAUACUUCUGCGCCUCUUCCUGUGUCGUCUGCAUCUGCAUCUGUCAGUAUUCCGCCAUCGCCUCCAUACUCUCAGCCGUCACCAUUGUUGAUGGGUGGUUCAAGCGGUUAUCAUUUACCGCAUGUGAACCAUGGGUCGCAGGGGCAGAACCAGAGCCAGAAUCAGCGGGGAUUUUUUGAAAACAGGGGCUUGAAUACAGCGUAUAGUGAAGGCACAACCGAUCAUUCCUCCGCGCCGCCAGCCAUGAGCAAUCGCCAAAUGCCGCCGCCAUCCCCGCCCCAACAUUACCCCACAUCCAGAGGACAAUCGGCGAAUGCACCCUCUCUUCCUACUGCCUUCUUGUCCCGUGAGCAACAUCCCAGCAACCCGGGUCAUCGUCCCGGGAGUAGCAUGUCAAUAUCCGCCAUGCUUGGCUCGGACGCUGACCGGCCACCUCGGGAUGUAGGCCCCUUCUCUCGUCCUCCUGUUUCCUCCUCUCCUUCUCCAUAUACCAGUGCUCCUCCUUCCGCGAAUCCCAAUGCCAUGUCUCCCCCGGCGAGGCCUACCUCCCUCGAAUACCCGUUCUUCCGGCGAUCCCAGACGCCCGAAAAGUCGUUUGCGAGAAACCACCCUCCAGCUCGUCCAUAUCGGUCGAGUUCCGGGGGUGUCUCACAGGCGUCUAUCACAGAGCAGUCAAAGUUUACCCCUCUGUCGUCUCGUGCGCCGCCAUCCUCACAAUAUCCCGACAAACCUGGCUCCUCCCAACCAUCUCCCCCGAUUUCUUCAGCAGAAACUGCUUACAACGAGUCGCGUCGCUUGAGUCUUAAUGACUCGAUCCCCCGGCCCAACAGUCAGCCCCAGAUCGAGCACCUCACACGUGGUCCUGGCUACAGUCCACUCUCACGAUCGACACUAUCCUUGGGGGAUGGUGCUGCUGCUCCGGCAGCUGCCCUUGCCACGGCUCAGUCGCGUCCGACACCAUUCUCGGAGCAUGGCCGAUUUGGAAGUCUCUAUCCCGACCGCCAUUCGGAGGAACUAGCGCAACGGGAGAAAGAGAGAACGAUAGGGCAGGAGCUCGAUGCUUCCCGAUCAUCAGGCCACCGGUACAGUGCUUACGGAGAUCGAGAGACGUUUGGCCGGCUGCAAGGGCCCGGGGCAUGGGAACUUGGUCGCUCGCAACCUCCUUCACCAGAAAAUAAGCGCUUCCCUGCACCUGAACAUAGUCCGGGUUUCGGAUUCGGUGCGAUUCAGAGUUACACCAAGUCAUUGGGUUCCCAGGCGGGAAGUAGCUCGCGACCUGUUUCUCUAUCCGCUCAAACCCAGCCUACGCCUCCACCCAGCGAGCAACCACCUUAUCUACACAAGCUACAGACUGAGCCGCCUCGACUGUUCAGCUCCGGUUUAUCUACGGGUCCAUCACCCCUGCCGCAACCUCCCACAGAUGACCGACGCAAAGGAAGUGACGAACUUAUGCACCACCGCAACCUCCUCGGAGUUGGUGCAGAAAAGCGUGGUCGCGCUUCGCCCCUGCCCCAAGCAGUACAAGGUGCCUCAGGCCCUGGAGGGGAGUCGAGUAUCAAGAAUGACUUGGGCCGUGUGUUCUCCGGCAUCGGAAGUGGUGUCGGUGGUGUUACCGCCCCGACAGCAGGAAGCACAAACUCCACCCCUAUCAUGAGUCCCUUCAAGCGAGAUAGCGGUACCGCUCGAUCCACAAAUGGCGAUGUCCCGAACGAUGAAGCUAAGAUUUCUCGGCCUGGUUCCACCACCGGCAGACGAUCAAGAAAGUCGCGAGAGGAAGAAGUUCAGUCAGUGGAAGGUGACAUGGUUGACCUGCGGACUGGCCUAUCGGGACGUGGUCGGCGAGGACGACAUGCCCACCACCACCAUCAUCAUCACCACCAUCACCGGAAGCCAGAAGAAGAGGGGCGGCCGAUGUCAUCCAUGAACUCUUUCCACCGUGCGUCGACGGUAUCAGCAGAGGGUAGCUCCGGAGUAAAUCCGCAUCACCACCAUCAUCAUCACCAUCACCAUCACCACCAUCACCCCUCCCGAACAUCAGCUCCUGCCCUCAACACCUUGUCGCCUAUGCGUGAACCUCGGACCGUGGUAAACAUUGAGUCCGUACGGUCCAGCGUUUCUCAUCUUCCACGUCAUCACCUCGGUUCGACCCUAUACACACCACGUAUUGGGGUCCCAACCACCAAAUCCCCGUUGGAGAGUGCCAAAUUUGGAUACACGUCGACGCCCCAGCCACUCCCGCGGUUUGAAGGCAAGGAGAACUGUACGUUUACGGUGCGUGUGCCUCGAUACAGGAUCGACGCGGCCCGUCGCGAGGAGAUUUGUGCACGCCGAGCUUUGUGGGGAACAGGUGUCUACACCGAUGACUCAGAUCCCGUUGCCGCUGCUAUUCACUCGGGAUUCAUCCGCGGCGCCUGGGGAGAAGAUGUGGACGAGAGCUUCCUCGAUCUGGAAAUCAGAGACACCUACCAGCAUGCGCCGCCACCAUCGGAGGAAGAACGCGGGUCGAAUCAACCCCGGAUUCCACCGGUGCCACCCGCGGACAAGGAUCUCCACAUCACCUUGUUGGUCCUCCCCAAGCUGGACAAGUACGAUCAAAGUGUGCUGUUUGGCAUCAAGUCGCGGACCUGGGAUGGCAAUCAUGAUGGUGUGAGCUUUCAGGUCAUGCGCGUUGAUUGGGUUGAAGAAGGUGCCGGGCGCGGCGAAGAGCGUGGCGGCGAAGCACGACGGAAACGUCUGCGCAACCUGAUGCAGACCGGAAAAAUUUGCACCGGGCCUGCAGUGGUUAAGCUGGAGGACCUUCGCAAUCACGGUUUAGAAGUUGAUGCGCGGUCGAAGAUGCGGAUGAACAAGGAACAGCGGUCUACCGUGCAGCCAGUCUCAUGAUUCUACUUUUGUUGGGCUAUACCCCUUUCUUUAAUGUUCUUAAUGCAUUGGUUUUGAUACUUUGUUUGCUAGCAAGGCGCGUGCAAUGGGUUGUUGUGCAAUGGGUUGUUAUUCAUGGGAGGUUCUUGUUGGUUGAUAUACUAUAUGAUAUCUAACGGUGCUUCUCUAUUCUAGUGCUACUAUGGUACAAUCCGGGGCAGCGGGAACGGAUGAAAGGAGAUGACGUCUGCCAAUGAAAGUUUAUAGCAGUAAUGGCUGGCUGUUCUAUGAUUCUUUUUCUAUUUUUUUUUUUUUUUUUU